AUGGACACAGGCAUAUUCCUGUGUUACUUUUCAAAUGACCCGAGGGCCCGUGAGCAGUACAGGACAUACCUGUGCUACGAGGUGGAGCUCCUGGAUGGCAACUCCUGGGUCCUGCUGUACAAGAGCAAGGGCUUCCUGCCCAAACAGCUGGACCCAGCACAGUGCCACAGGGUCACCUGGUUCAUGUCCAGGAGCCCCUGCCCUGACUGUGCCCGGGAAGUGACUGCCUUCCUGGGGAAGAACAGCCAUGUGCACCUGCACAUCUUUGCUGCCAGCAUCUAUGACUACAGCGGAGGAUAUGAGGAGCAGCUGCUCUCACUGUGGCAUGCUGGGGCCAAAAUCGCCAUCAUGACUCCCACGGACCUGAUGCAUCAAGACAUAUUUCAGUUCAACUUUAAUAAUAACUCUUUAGUCUGUGGCCAGAAACAGACCUAUCUGUGCUAUGAGGUGGAGCUCCUGGAUGACAAUUCCUGGGUCCUGCUGGAGGGAGGCAGGGGCUUCCUGAACAACCAGCUGGACCCUGCACAGUGCUACAGGGUCAACUGUUUCAUGUCCAGGAGGCCCUGCUUUCUGUGUGCAUGGGAAGUGGCUACCUUCCUGGGGAGGAACAGCCACGUGAGCCUGCACAUCUUCACUUCCUGCACCUAUGAAUACUUUCCAUCCUCAGAGUGUAAGCACUACUGGAGAACCUUUGUGGACAACCAGGGAUGUCCUUUUGAGCCCUGGAAUAGGCUGGAUAAAAACAGUCAAACGAUAUGGAAGAGGCUGCAGAGGAUUCUCCAAAAUGAGUACUAUUGA